UCCCGUGCCCGGGUCUGCGGCGCUGCGCGUGGGCCGUCAGAGUCGGAGAGCUGCCUUCCGGUGAGGCGGUCGCCCAGUCGCGCAUUGGAGGCCGGCGGGCGCUCAGGUUCCGCUGGUGCUCUGGGCAGCAGAGCGGCAUGGAAGUGGGCGCGGCGGAGACCCGCGAGGACGGUGCCCGGGACCGGAGGAGGGCCUUGGGUGCGGCCGGGCGGCCUGAGCAGACCCGGGACGAGCGACCGCAGAGCGGCACCAACGGGCUCCCGAAGCCGUCGUACUGGCUGGACCUGUGGCUCUUCGUGCUGUUCGACCUGGCGCUGUUCGUGUUCGUGUACCUCCUGCCCUGAUUGGUUUGCCAUAAGGUCAAGAAUUUGGCUACUGGAGUAAAAUCUGAAAACUACUACAAACUUCUUGAAUAAAGAAGAGAAUGGUCCAGCAGCAGAACUUCAUACCUCUAAUGGAGCUUCCUUUCACUUCUUCACAAGUUUUGUUAACUCAUUCAGAGAACUCCUCAAAAUAUAGUGAUCAUACUCAUUCAUAGCAAAGUUCUUAAAACUAGACCAUCUGGUUCCUGUUUAAAAACUUUACCACUUAGUGGCUUUACUUUAUAGGACCUUCAAAUAAAAGCAUUUGUACUUAAA